AUGGAAAAGGAGAAGGUAAUCCAUAUACAAGAUACAACAGCUCUGACGACCAAGCAACAAGUCAGGUCCUUCCUAGGUUUAGUGGGAUACUACAGGAAAUUCAUCUCAUACUAUGCUGAAGUUACUGCUCUAUUGACUGACAUGACCAAGAAAGACUUGCCCAAUAAGGUGAAAUGGGAACAACCACACCAGGUGGCAUUUCAGAAAUUAAAGAACAUGUUGGAAAGUUCACAAAUUCUUAGGAUGCCAGACUUCAACAAUACAUUCAUUGUUCAGGCUGAUGUUUUAGACACUGAAAUUGGGGCAGUACUCGUGCGAAGAUUGGUUUCUAAAGUAGAGAGAGCUGAUGUUCAAGAAACGAAGUUAAUAAUUUCCGAUGAACAAAAGCUAAUUCUACUGAUACCAAAGGAAGCUGCUAUCUCUGGAGAAAAAUUUUAUACAGUGGAGACAGUAACAAAUCCAGGAAGACAGACAUAUUCCCAACUUUCGUUUACAAAGGACAACCCAAAAUCCAUAGAAAACGUAGCAGUAACUGAUAAAGAUGUGAAAUUAAAUGGCAGUGGAAAUAUCUUCUCUGUAUUGAAAGAUAAAACUUUACAAAAUCAGAAAAAAUCAAAGGCAGCAAAGUUUAAAUUAGAUCUUCUUUCGAUGUUCAAUGACGCACGUUUAUCUGAAAGUAGAAAUAGCCCAUGGUUUAAAAUAUUACCCUCUAUACUGGAAUCACCACAAAACAGUGAAUUGAUCAAAGAGGUAAAAGGUGAAGACUCUCUAACGAAGCGUUCGAUUACAGCAGCAGAUCGAUUACGGAAAUUUCAGAACAAAAGAAAUAGAAGAAAUACUGAUUCUGUGAAUGAAAAAGUGACUGAAAAUACAACUUCUGUCAACAGUAAAGAGUUAGGUGAGAUUAACAACUCUAGACCAAGUUUAGGUAGCGCAAAAAAUAUUGAUUCUGAAAUCUUAAGACACCUAAAACCCAACCCAAAUAUGAAUAUCAGUAUAGAAGUUUUACACGAAGAAGCAGUUACAGAACCAAAUGAUCUUUGGGACGAAGAACCAAUGAGUAUGGACAAAGAUUUUUGGAAUGUAGAGCCGAACACACAGGAAAUGAAUCUUUGGAAUUUGCAGAACUGGCCAGAAAUCAGUGGUAUUUUUAAUCAAGACUCAUUACUCAUUGAACCCAAUAAGACAGAUUCAAUUUUCACAAUUCCAGGCUCUUACGGUUCCGUUUUUGAUUUCAAAAAUGAAGGAGAUAUUAUGGGAUUCACAGGUGAAGAAUCGGGAGAGAGCAAUUGGGAUAUUACCCAUUUCAAUGGAGGCGAAGAAACCGACGUCAUUUCAUUACAAGAAUCUAGUGGAGAAGGGGGUGUUUUGUUUGAUAACACAAAUUCUUUGACAAGGGAGUGGUCAACAUGGUCAUCAUGUAGCAUCACGUGUGGACAGGGUAUUCAAGAGAGGCACAAGUUGUGUGGUAGCCAGUGCGAAGAAACAGAAUCCCGGCAAUGCUGGAAAAACGGCUGCGAAAAUGAAGAUGGUUCAUUACCAGCAAACGGAAAUCCAGGGUUCUCAAAGCAAUGGGAUUCUACGUCAGAACUGAACACAGAAAAUACGGCGCUGACAGAAAACAACACUCUGAAUUAUGAAGGCAAGUUUAAAUUUUUUCCUUUUUUUCACCAUCACCCUCUAGAGGAAGAUCUAUGUGAAAUGUGGGCAUCUUGUAAAAAUGACUUUUUAAAGCAGUAUUUAUUGAAUUUACAAAACCUGCCUAGUUGCCCAUGUUACUAUCCCACCAAGAUCUUCUAUGAUAAUAAAAUAUGGGACAGCAACUUGGAAAAAUACAUGCGAUGGCAGGAUGCCAGUGGAGAAGCCGAACGACUGGAUGUUUAUAAGAAAGGAGCAUAUUCCUGUAUACGUUCUUUGGUCAGUGACAUAAAUACAGGCCUUGCUGCCCAGCACUGCUGUUAUGAUAAGUUUCAAAGGCUCAUUACUCGAGGACCAGGAGCUGGAACUCCUCAUCUAAUUAGCCCAGAGAUAUCUCGUGGCCUACACUAUCAAGUUGAUAUCUUACCUUGGGUCAUCUGCAAAGGAGAUUGGACAAGGUAAAUAAACAAACUCUGACCAUGCCAUGAUUUAGUUAUUAAUCUAUGGAAAAAUAGCAUGAUUCAGUUAGUACAUUUGUCAAACUUAAUACAGCAUAAUGAUAAAAAAAUUUAAUUCACAACAAUCAUAACAUACCAAGAAACCACAUCACAUUUUUCAUAAAGAUUAGCCAUUGUAAUGAUACUCCACAUUAACCCUUUAUCUGUGGAAGAAUUAAUCCUGUGUUACAUCCACACCCCUUCAACACAAUUUUUACAAAAUAUUAAAAGCAUUAUCAGUUCAACUUCUUAAUGAAAACUCAUUAUGGUCAAUAAUAUUUUUGUCACACAAACCAUGAAGU